UUUUAUUGGUUUUCAAAUCAAGUGUGUAGGUUUAUACAGCAUUGCUUAUUUGUGUAAAAUAGGCUCUGUAUUUAAAAAAAACGGCUCAGGGUUUUAAAGAAGUAGAUCAUGUUGCUUGUGUAUUCAUGAUAAAAAAUUGAUAUGAGUCAUGAGUCAUUAAUUUAAAACACAAAUAUGCUGCAUCUAUUUUUUAAACGAAUAACAUCUGUUGUGCAUAAAACGGUGUGCUUGCAAUAAACGUUCGACACGUCACUGAAUAUUGAUGAAAUUACAGAGAAAUAUCACGAUCAGCUGUGACCGCCUCGACGGGUAGACAGUAUUUAGCCAUGAUUUGCAUCUCAAAAGACACAUUUGGGUGAGUGUCAAUCCGUGUUUGCUGAUAUCAAAAACGGCACAGGAUCAAAAGUAAAUUAUUUUAAAUGUAUUGAGAUGAAUAGAAGUUUAAAAGCAGUUUUGAAGGUAGCUACUUUAACUAGCUUGUAAACAACAAGAAGGAAGUCGCGAGGUGUUGCUUGAAGCUGGAUCUUAAGCCGGAAGAUACUUUAACUAGCUUGUACACAACAAGAAGGAAGUCGUGAGGUGUUGCUUGAAGCUGGAUCUUAAGCCGGAAGAUAUCAACUCAAUAUACACAAUUUAUCAAUAUUACGCAGUCAAAUCAGUUGCAAAUGAGGAGGUGAUUCUUUCGAACAACAGGAAAGUUGUGACUUUCAUUUUCUGGACAUAUACCAAACUAAACCUACUUCACUCACUAACAAUUUAACUUUGAAGAAUUUGCCGAAAACCAGCAAAGAAGAAAAGACAACUUAUUAUGCGAUUUACACUUACAUUGAGCGUCAGCAUAUGAUUUCUGAACGAUUAUUUACAUACAGUGGAUACUGGUGAUUAGACAAAAACAACUUAGAAAGUUGACAAGGAUAUGGCUAGCAGCCAAAACCAGGAUCCGGCACGUCAAGGUCUGCACUCUGCCCACCGUGCCAUUAUAGAAGGCAUGUUCCCGGAGAAACCUUUCACUGAAGGAGGUAAAAGCGGUGUGCACAAGCCCAAGAGACUAGUAAAGACGAUGGAUUUCGACGUAGAGAAAAACGACUACAGCGUGCCCGAGUUCUACGAGCGCUUUGGCAAGGAGCUGCCUCAAGUGAUCAUGAUCAGUCAAGGAUUCUUUGGAGACAUCGUAGAAGAUACGUUCGAUAGAGAAAGUAUUAUUCGCAUCCAGACGGUAUCCAAGCAACGUCGCGUGGUCGCCAGGGCCGACAUGGGAGAUCACUCUAAACUGAUCAGCAUCCCGCUUACAUACCCUGAGAAAGUCUGUGUCGUCAAAAAACACAAAUUGGGCAAAGAGAAAACCAUAAAGGAGGUCAUCGAACAUCAGAGCCUCCCUUGUCACGUGCAGUUCCCCAAGGACAGAACCAUCAGCGUGGGCGGUCAGAACAUCAGCACCAACCACAUCCCGAAAUUGCUGCUUCAGAAAGCUUUUGAUGAAAUGUACUUGCUUGGAAACCUUAUUACCGACGGCGUCAUGGAACCAGACGUGGUGAACGUGCCCCUGUACCUGUCUCAACUUCGCAUGGCGCGCGUGCUUGGCCUAAAGAACUCGCCUCCCCAGAAAUGGCGGGGUUACCUUGAGGAAUUGGAGCGCUUCAGUGCCUAUAUGAAAUACGACAAAGAGUACGGAAAUCAAGGAAUUGCCCAAUACGACCAAUCAGCGGUUCAUUCUGAGGCCGUCUUCUCCUUUGUUGAACCGCAGACAUACUCUAACAUAAUUUCGGUGUGCAAACAUCAUCGUGGAAACGCCGUAGAUAACCCAAACUACCUGCCGACCGACGUGAAACAGCAUGAAGACAUCACUUAUGAAGAAAUCGGAAUGCCGCGCGAGUCCGAAAUGCACAAGCCAGAUAACCACAGGCCAUCAUUGGCGACGUUUGGCGUCGGUCAAACACCAGCUCAGGCUUCGACUUCCCACAAUUCACAGAAUGUAAAGUCAACAUCUGGAAGCCUGAAAUCAACAGGACCAGAAAAACGUUCUGUCCAAGAAUCGAAUCACAGUCCGCUUAUCGACAGAAGCACAAAGGUUUCCCCACCUGUCGCGAUCAAGCCCCCAAGACCACCUCCUCAGAUUCCAGAGAUGCCAGGAAGUCCGAAGCUUCCCGCGCGCCAACCAAGGCCUCCUUCACAGAUGCCGAGUCCUACCGUCAAACAUGAGGCCAUCUACACGAAUAACCUCCCCCGCACGUCCAUUCGCCCCUUCCAACCGGAACCCAAAGAAGCUAUUGCACUUGAGCAGGAACGCUCUUCAAAAUCCGAUCAGCAAAGCAACACUUUGGAAUCGCCAAAAAAGCAAGACGAGGUUUGUAAACCGCUACCAACGGUCAACGACAGCCUUGAUGUAGUCAAACUAUCCAUAGACGAUGUAUGUGGUUACCUUAAAGUGCUUCAUCUUGAUAAAUAUGAGCCCAAGUUCCGGAAAGAACUGAUUGACGGCACGCUGUUGAUCGCCUUGUCCAAAGAAGAUUUUGAAAAAGAGUUCGGUAUGAAUGGGCUGGAAGCUGUGAGAAUAUUUAAGUUCUCCAAAGAAGGUCAUUUGCCAAGGUAAACAACAGCGGCUGUAAAUCGUAUAUGACUUUUGGGAAAACCUAAAUCUACAUAUAUGCACUAGGGCUUCCAAUAUUUUGAACGUAAAAUAAUUCACUUUUAACGUUUUUAAUACAUGUUUUAUAGUAUUUAACCAUAAGUGGUGCAACUUCUUUCGACCAUCAUAGACGAAAAAUGCAUGUUAUGUUACGCACUCUUUGAAAUUUAAAAUAAUACGAAUGUGUUGAUGAGUAUUUGUAAUUUGUAUAAUCAUAUUUCACUCAUUUAUUUUAUACGAAAUGUUCGUUCGAUAUAUGCGUAUAAACUAGUGAGAUAUUGGAUAUUGUUUAACCUUAUCUUUAUUUAAUGGCACAUAAUCUUAUCAACUUAACAAUAAAGUUACACACUUGUUUUUAUUUUUCUCCUAAGUUGUUAAGUAUAUGCAGAAUUAGUGUGGUAACCCACUCGGUAAACCUUAUUCCAGUAAUGCUAUUGUUGCAGAAAGUCAUAAAUAACAAAUAUAUACACUAUGGUAGAUGAAUGAACAUUGUCAAUAAUAUUACGUGUAGCAUACGUGUAUAUUUAAGUUAAGUGAACAUUUUAACUGCUAGUUGUUUAAGAAACAAAUGUUCAAAGUAACAAAUGGAUGUAAAUCAUCAUCAUCAUCACCAUCAUCACCACCAUCAUCAUCAUCAACAUCAUCACCACCACCAUCAUUAUCAUCAUCAUCAUGAUCAUCAAUUUCUUGACCGGUUUAGCCAUUGUGGGAUAUAUUGUACCUGUAUGACAUAUUAAGUCGUGUGAAGGAUUUAUAUCUUCUCAAUUAUAAACAAUAAAAUCUGUAUAAAACAA